AUGGCAUCUACAGGUCUUCAGCUGCUGGGCUUGGUGUUGGCUGUGCUGGGUUGGGUGUUUGGGGCGUUGGUGUGCGCCGCUCCUCUGUGGCGUGUGUCCGCCUUUGUGGGUGGGGAGCUGGUGAUCGCCCAGGUGGUGUGGGAGGGCCUGUGGAUGAACUGCCUGUCUCAGUCCACAGGCCAGAUCCAGUGCAAGAGCUAUGACUCCACCUUGGCCCUGCCCAAAUCCGCCCAGGCCGCCCGGGGCCUCACUGUCCUCUCCCUGCUCCUCUGCCUCCUGGCCCUCAUGCUCGGGGUGACAGGGGCCAAGUGUACUCACUGCAUGGGGGACGCCAACCAGGCCUCCAAGUCUCGGAUGGCCAGGGUAGCGGGGCUGCUCUUCGUCGUGGCUGGCUUGGCCUACUUGAUACCCAUCUGUUGGACCGCCCAUGCAGUUAUCAGGGACUUCUAUGAUCCGACUGUUGCUGCGCCUUUCAAGAGAGAGCUGGGGCCGGCGCUGUACCUGGGCUGGGGGGCCAGCUUGCUGCUCCUGGUGGGGGGGUCCCUGCUCCAUGUGGGCUCCUCCCCACCGGGAGCAAGGGCGCUGCCUGUUUUCGGCAGAGCAGCGAAGGACAACCCACACACGGGGGCGGCAGGGGAGGUGAAGCCGCAGGAAAAGUCAUUUGUAUGA